UUUUGGUAAAAAAAUCGGCGAUGAAUGGAAAAUUCAACAAGGUAUUUUAGAAAGUGUAAAGGAUAUUAAAAUAAAUAAAAAAGAAAUGGAAAAAAUUAUGGGGGUUAAAUACGCAAAUGAAUGUUUUAAACUGAAUGGAUUGGUUAAUAAAAACGAGAAAGUUUUGGAAGUUAAAAAUAUUUUAAAUAAAAUGGAAAAUAAAUAUUUAAUUUUAUCAAAAAUUUAUCAAAAGAAAUUGGGUAAAUUUUAA